AUGCAUAUAUAUGUAUGUACAUACUAUCUACCCCCAACCUGUUUUCAGACUACCGCCGACUCCAUCGCUUCCGAGAUUUUAAGUGCGUCCAGUCUCCAGCAACUCCGCACCCAAGAGCUAUGUGCCCAUUCGUGUACAGCCUUCUGCAAAUCGCUCUUUUCGGUAGCCAAAGCGCAAGCCAGACUUUCGGAUGAUGGAGAGCUUGAACAAAAUCUUUCCGCAUUGGAGUCGCAUCUUCGCCACUCAAAUUCCUGCGUGCUGUCGCACUCACUCCGGGGCACACCGAUUCCCUUUGAUGGUACGGUGGAAAGUUUUGGACGAUUACAAUCCGACAACUGGAAAGGGGAUGAGCACCAACUGCUCAUAAGUUUCUCCAGUGAUGUCAAUCUCUUCCGAUUGUUGGAAUAUCUCUGUGGUAUCUGCUUGGAUACGCAUUUGUAUUCACAUGCACUCAAUUUGGCCGUCCAGGUUUGCUUGUUGGGCUCAUCCUGUGACCCCCCUCCCGACCCUGUUCUGUCCCAGUCUUCCAAAUGGAUGGAUUCUCUCGAAUUCACUGAGAUGAUUUCCGAUUUCGUGUCAUUCAACCAGCCCCCAGCCGGUUUGUCCAAUCCGCUGUGGCUACGUGUGUCGGAAUUGUGCCAGUCCUUCUCUCCUAUCGUUCCCCCCUGUGAUGAUCCGCCUGAACACACUGAUCAGCAAGAUGAGGCAGAUCAAUCAGUUUUGUGCACAUCUAACGAUGACCACGCUGACACAUCGAUAGUGGACCAGGUGGAGUCAUCCCACUUUGUCCAAGUGCAUGAUUUAUCCGUGAAGGAACAGCAGCUCCGCUUUUAUGCCCAUCCUAUGGACAUAUCGGAGGACGGAGUUUCCCCUGGAGAUGAGUUCGAUACAACAUCGGAUUCAAACGUGACGCCAUACCAGGGCGUCACUGAGGAUUAUUUAAGCAAUGGGUUUUAUUCACUGCUGGAGAAUAGAAACGACAUACCUUCCGAACAUUGCCCCGAUGCAGACGAGCCCGAUGACUCGGUCACAGACACGGAUGUGGAUCUAUUGGUUUUGCGUCGAUAUCCUACCUGCGAACAGUCUCUGGUCGACACUGUUGAUGUUCUGGAUGAUGCAGACUAUUCGGAACAACUACACCAAUCCUCCGAGUCUUGGGGUGCAAUUCGAUGCGUAUCCAUCCUCAAACUACCCGACCGGAGUGUUGAUCUGUCAAGCCCAGAGCGCCGGCCCACCAUAUGCAAGCACGUUCGUUUCUCCCUCGACUCAUGUCAUCCGAGCCCAGCACUGGAGGCCGAAUACGGUGGACGAAGCAACCGAAAACGGCUACUGGAUUUCGCCCGACGCCGACAGAUGUUAAACAAUUCUGGUGACAUUAGAGCUACGUUGCUUGCGGAUCAAUCGUUUGCAAUGUUUUUGCGCGCCAAUUGUAACCCCAUACCAAUGCUCCUCCGAUGUCUACGACACAUCCUCUGUCUUCUCAGCCUCUGUUUCCACACCCGAGUGAAGCUGAUCCUUUGGCUCUGUAUCCUCGUAUCCACCCUGUUCUCUUGCACUUUGUUCACCUGCUGCCACAUUCUCCACCUUCCGCUGGUCCAGUGGCCGUUGCUUGUGAAACAAACAGCCUCGAUUAAUCCGGUCUCCGAUUCAUGGGACGUGAGAGUGUGCUCCACUCUCCUCCAUUGGUUCGCUGCCUACCUACGUAAUUGACUGAUCCGUAGCGACCCAUUCUAACGGCUGUGAUGCUUUCCUAUUUAAUAUGCUCCUCACUGUAUGUCUCUUUCAUUUGCCCAUACACACCGGUGUUUUCCUUCGCAUGCCAUCAUUGACCUUGUACAUACAGUCAACCGUGUUCCCGAAUCUCUGUUCGCUUCCAUUGAUUUGCGCACUCUCCGUGACCAUGCAACCUUUCACACUUGUCGUCAUGGUCUUAUCGCAUGCGGAUUCAACUCCUUGCCUCAUAAUAUAUCUAUACCGUAACAAUCGUUACCCCCCUC